AUGAGGAGGAGAAGCAGCAGUAACACCAUCAGGAGAAGUUCAACAAUUAGAAGGCGCAGCGAGAAAGUGGGUUUUGAUGAAUUCGGCUUUGCUCUGACUAAAAGAAAGGACCAAAAACUCCAUCACCGAUGUCACGAUUACAGUUACCCCCAUCUGAGCUCGGUGAGGGUGAAGGAGCUGUGUGAGCUGCUCAGCUACUGGAAUGGAGCCAGCUUUAUCUGCAAAAGUCAGAUUGAGCGAUUUAUCAGGAUGGGUAUUCCUCCAAGCCUGCGAGGUCGAGUGUGGAAGUGUCUCCUCAACAUUGACAGCCUGAAAGAAACCAGUGAUUUCAAUUACCAGAUGUGCUUGUCUGAAGUCCGGGGACCCCUUGUGGACUUGGGUGUGAGUGAAUACGGCAUUUUGUCGGCCAUUGCCACGCUGAGUGAAACCCAGAACGACCUGGGGUUAAAUCCCCCGCGCCCCCCAGACAGCCCAGAGCCCUGCUGCUCUGAGCAGGACAUCACUCUGUUCAGACAGAUCGCCCUGGACCUGCAACGCUCCUUUCCAACCCACCGCUCUCUUAUGGGUGAGAGUCCAGAAGCCAUCGAGGGUCAGGCCAAACUCUUCAGGGUCCUCAUUGCCUAUGCAAAGUACAACCCACAGGUUGGCUACAGCCAAGGGAUGUCUUAUAUAGCUGCAGUGCUGCUGAUGCAGUUGGGAGAGGAGGAGGAGGCCUUCUGGGCUCUGGCAGCCUUGCUGGAUAAAUCCAAAUAUUUAGCAGAACUGUUUGAUCUCAGUCUCACAAAACUCCAACAUCAGGUGAAGGUGUUUGACCAGUUCCUGAAACACCGAAAGCCUCAACUUUCCAAGCACAUGGAGUCAGUGGGAGUCUCGUCGGUCCACUUUGCGAUGCCAUGGUUCCUCGUCCUCUUCACUUCCCUGCCCUGCUGGGACUCUGUUCUGGCUGUCUGGGAUCUCAUCAUUCUGCACGGCCUGCCAGCCGUGUUCCGCACAGCUCUGACCAUCGUCCAGCUCCUGGAGCUCCGGCUGAUGGACCUGAACGACGAAGGAGCCGUCCUACCGCUGCUGCUCCGAGUCCCUGUGGAUGUCUGUUCUUUCACACUUCCUCCUGCUAGGGCCCAGUACAACGUGUUGAUCCCGGCCUUGUGGAACACGGAGGUCCAAGACUGGGAGCUCAAAUGUAUGAACAACCUGGUGCUGGACGACAGCCACCACGGACCUGAAGCAGAUUUCCACUCCUCAUCCCGUUUUUCCUCUCUCUGCGAACGAUCAGCAGUUCAAAGCCGCUGUCGAGCGGUGUCAGUGAUCUCCCGGGCUACAGGAUCUGCUGACCCCGGGCUUACAUUAGAGCUUAUUCAGUUCCAGCCACAGGUGUGCUGCCCCGCCAACUCCCAGAGGACGCCCCCGCGCUCCGAACGCUCCAAAACGCAACCUUCAAAAGGCCGGCCUCUAAGCCUGUUGACCCGGGUGGUGCGAAUGGCACAGAGGUACUUCCUGGACCCCAGUGGGCGUCAGAAUGCCCAAGAGAAGAGUUCACAACCAGAGACGGCACCCAGACAGCGAAGUCCUGGAUGUGGAUUCAGGAGUCGGACCUCAGCUUCAUUACCUCACGCUCAGGUGAAGUCCAGAGGCCAGCAGAAAGGUGGAGUCCCUCCGCCCGGGGCUCAGGGAGCCGUCCCCGUCAGAGGAGCAGCCGGCUGUGGGAAACCUGAGAGAUGUGAACAAACCCUCAAAAGACCAGGUGCAGGGCCCUCGGCGAAGGUGGCUCAUCGUCGUAGCAACCACAGCAUCAUUCACCACGUCCGGGCCCGGUCCCUUCGUCUUCUUCGAAAUGGCAAGGGGCCCCUGAACCACACGCCUCCCUCCUCUGUUCUCCCUCCUUCCCUGCGGUCCUCCACUCUUCCUCCAUCUUCCUCCACCCCUUCAUGUCCUCAGUCCAUCAACGCUCCUCAAAGGGACGAGCAGCACAACACGGCUCUUAUCAAGUAA